AUGAAAUGACAUAGUCAUAUUUAUUAUUUAGAGAAAAGCAAAGUAAGAAUUGGUUGUGAAGAGUACAUAAUAGAGAGAGAAAUGGCGAGCAAAGUGGGUGGAGAGAGAAUGGAAGAAGAAGAGAAGGAGGAGGAACACGAGAGGUGUCCGGUGGAAGAGGUUGCGUUAGUCGUACCCGAAACCGAUGACCCGACACUUCCGGUGUUGACAUUUCGGGCAUGGUUCUUGGGUAUGAUAUCAUGCGUUUUACUCAUAUUUCUGAACACAUUUUUUAUCUACAGAACACAACCACUCACAAUAUCAGCCAUCUUAAUGCAAAUAGCGGUUUUGCCCAUGGGUAAGUUCAUGGCCCGGGUUUUACCCACCCGAAACUACAGCUUAUUUGGGGGCCGUUGGGGGUUUAGCUUGAACCCGGGUCCGUUUAAUAUAAAAGAGCACGUGAUUAUCACGAUUUUGGCAAAUUGUGGUGUCUCUUACGGUGGGGGUGAUGCGUACUCGAUUGGUGCCAUUACUGUCAUGAAAGCUUACUAUAAACAGUCCUUGGGAUUCCUUUGUGCCCUCUUUAUUGUGCUCACUACUCAGAUAAUUGGAUAUGGAUGGGCUGGGAUGCUUAGAAGGUAUCUGGUUGACCCUGUUGAAAUGUGGUGGCCAGCAAACCUUGCUCAAGUCUCCUUUUUUAGAGCACUUCAUGAGAAGGAGCACAAACAAAAGGGGCUUACCAGGAUGCAAUUUUUCCUCAUCUUCUUUGCAGCAAGCUUUGCCUAUUAUGCUCUGCCUGGCUAUCUGUUUCCAAUUUUGACCUUUUUUUCCUGGGUGUGUUGGGCCUGGCCUCGAAGCAUUACCGCUCAACAGGUUGGAUCAGGUUACAACGGGCUAGGUGUGGGUGCCUUCACCCUGGAUUGGGCCGGCAUAUCUGCCUACCAUGGCAGCCCUCUGGUGGCACCUUGGUCUUCCAUUGUCAAUGUUGGAAUCGGAUUUAUCAUGUUCAUAUACAUAAUAAUCCCGCUGUGUUACUGGAAGUUUGAUACGUUUGAUUCCAGGAAAUUUCCAAUAUUUUCCAACAAGCUUUUUCGGUCUAAUGGACUCAAGUAUGAUACCACCAAGAUUCUCACCCCACAACGUGACCUCAACGUUGCAGCUUAUAAUAGUUAUGGAAAAUUAUACCUUAGUCCUCUCUUUGCCCUUUCAAUCGGGUCUGGAUUUGCAAGAUUCACUGCCACUCUUACACAUGUUGCUCUAUUCCAUGGAAGGGACAUCUGGAAGCAGAGCAGAUCUGCAAUGCAAAAUGCUAAGAAGGAUGUACAUGCUAAGCUGAUGAGCAAAUACAAACAAGUGCCUGAAUGGUGGUUCCUGAUCUUGUUAGUUUUGAGUGCGGCAUUUUCAAUCCUGAUGUCGUUUAUAUGGAAAGAUGAUGUGCAGCUGCCCUGGUGGGGGAUGCUUUUUGCAUUUGCAUUGGCUUGGGUUGUGACUCUUCCCAUUGGUGUCAUUCAAGCGACCACGAACCAGCAACCUGGGUACGACAUAAUAGCACAGUUCAUAUUUGGGUAUGUCUACCCUGGAAAACCCAUAGCCAAUCUGCUUUUCAAGAUAUACGGGAGAAUCAGCACCGUUCAUGCUCUAGCCUUCCUGUCUGAUCUAAAACUUGGGCACUACAUGAAAAUCCCACCAAGGUCAAUGUACGCAGCUCAGCUUGUCGGAACACUAGUUGCCGGUGUAGUCAACCUUGCAGUAGCAUGGUGGAUGUUGGGCUCCAUUGACAACAUAUGCGAUGUGGAGUCUCUAAAUCCUAACAGCCCGUGGACAUGCCCCAAAUUCCGAGUCACCUUUGAUGCUUCUGUUAUCUGGGGCUUAAUUGGACCUCAAAGGCUUUUUGGACCAGGAGGGUUGUACAGGAACUUGGUGUGGCUAUUCCUUAUCGGAGCAGUAUUGCCUGUUCCAGUCUGGAUACUCCACAAGAUCUUCCCUGAAAACAAAUGGAUUCCACUCAUCAAUAUACCAGUCAUAUCAUACGGGUUUGCAGGGAUGCCACCAGCAACGCCUACAAACAUAGCUAGUUGGCUGGUCACUGGUACCAUAUUCAACUACUUUGUAUUCAAGUACAGAAAAGAAUGGUGGAAGAGGUACAACUAUGUUCUAUCAGCAGCCUUGGAUGCCGGGACAGCCUUCAUGGCUGUUUUAAUAUUCUUCGCUCUCCAAAACGAGAACAAGAAUCUGAAAUGGUGGGGAACAGAAAUAGAUCAUUGCCCCUUGGCGUCGUGCCCAACUGCCCCAGGGAUUAUAGUGCAAGGAUGUCCUGUCCAUUAACCACCAUGAAAGCCUUGCAAAUAUGCCAUCAUCAAGUUAGUGUAGGGAGUAUUAUUAUUGUUUAUGAAAAUGUUACUCCACAUUUAUAGUAGGAUGAGGAAUAGUUUUUGUGAGAAAGAACCCCUCAAUAAACACAUUGAUAGAAGUGUUAUCCUAUUGAACCUAUUUAGUGUGGUUGAAAUUGUUUUGUGAUCAAUUUUGGUUAAGCUGAUCACUGGCCGUUAAAGUACACAGUUUCUGAUCCUUUUUGCUUGUGCAUAAGCGUCUGGUUGUUAAGACCCUCUGUGACUCUGAGGUUUAGAAACAGGGCUGGCAUAUCCUAACUGCUUUGGCCUAAGUGUGAUGUAGAAGCUAAUCGGUUUAACUUGACCUUGCAAACGUGGGAUCAAUUGAACCAAAACAGAAGAUGCAAGCAAGAGUGUAUUCGUGCUAGCAUUGAAGCUCAAGUUUUAAUUAGUAGUAAGUUGUACAGUAGAUACCAGAUAGUGUUUCAGACUUCGGUAUGUAUGACAGUUGAUGAAUUUCUUUCAAAUGUAUGCCUAUUUUGAAAAGUAAAAUAUCACUUCCUUUUUCUAUUGUUCAA